CACCACAUAAUUCUUCCACUGCUUUUUAAAAAAAUUAUCUUUCAGUCUACAGAGGUAGAGUGAAUACCAGGAGGAAAAAGUGAAGUGGAGAUCCACGUUACCACAUACUGUGAGGAGAGGGAGGGGACUGAGUUUCACUUUGACUCACUCUGAUUGCCGCCGAGAAAAAAGUCAAAGGAAGACGGUGGUCGAGACGAGAGGAAGAGAGUGCAGAGACACGAAGAAUGAAACUCAACCUGAGAGCCAUCAGGAACAACGUUACGCAAGUGGAAAAUGGGCAACUGUGGCACUAGAGAGGAAUCGGCUGUUGUGACCAAUGCUCAAGUUCAGCAGCAGCUACAUAUCUUGUCUUCUUUGCCUGUUAAAACCGAGAAGAAGCAUAGUCGUUCUGUGUCAGAUCUGAGCGAUUCUUCUACUUCUCGUAAUUUGGAGGAUUUUAGAAGCAAUGCGGUGCUAUAUACUCAUGUGAUUGCUUUCACUUUGUACGAGCUCGAGACUAUCACUAAGAGCUUUCGCUCUGAUUAUAUUCUUGGAGAAGGUGGUUUUGGAACUGUUUACAAAGGUUACAUUGACGAGAAUGUUAGGGUUGGUCUCAAAUCUCUCCCUGUCGCUGUAAAGGUUCUCAAUAAGGAGGGUCUUCAGGGCCACCGUGAAUGGCUUACGGAGGUCAACUUCCUCGGCCAACUUAGACAUCCUAAUCUUGUUAAAUUGAUCGGAUAUUGUUGUGAAGAUGAUCACAGGUUACUUGUUUAUGAGUUUAUGUUCAGAGGAAGCCUUGAAAAUCACCUGUUUCGAAAGGCAACUGUUCCGCUAUCAUGGGCCACAAGAAUGAUGAUUGCUCUUGGAGCUGCCAAAGGGCUUGCUUUCCUUCACAAUGCUGAAAGGCCAGUUAUAUAUAGGGACUUUAAAACCUCUAAUAUACUGUUGGAUUCUGAUUACACUGCCAAGCUUUCUGAUUUUGGUCUUGCAAAAGCUGGACCACAAGGUGAUGAGACCCAUGUAUCAACUCGAGUGAUGGGUACAUACGGCUAUGCUGCUCCUGAAUAUGUAAUGACUGGCCACCUUACCGCCAGAAGUGAUGUAUACAGCUUUGGGGUUGUUCUUUUGGAGCUUUUGACUGGAAGAAAAUCUGUUGACAAAACGCGACCAAACAAGGAGCAAAGCUUGGUAGAUUGGGCCCGGCCGAAACUGAAUGACAAGAAAAAAAUGUUGCAAAUAAUUGACCCUAGAUUGGAAAAUCAGUACUCAGUGAGGGCAGCUCAGAAAGCCUGUAGCUUGGCAUACUAUUGCCUAAGCCAAAAUCCUAAAGCGAGGCCUUUAAUGAGUGAUGUAGUUGAAACUCUGGAACCUCUACAAUGUACCAGUGAUGUUGGUAAUGAAGUCUCAUCAUCACUUACCUCAACCUUAGCUAUUAGUGGUGCUAAUGUUUUCAAUAUGGGAGGAGUCCCAGGUUACCGGGCUCGUUCUAGGUUUGGCAAUAAUGUUGGCCCUGGUGCUAAUUGUCGGUCACCCAAUCCGAAUUGUUCCCCCAGUCCCGUGGCAUGCAGAGCUAGAUGAAAAUUGUGAGCUAUUGUAUACUCAUUUGGUGUGCAGUUUCCUCUCCAACCCCCAUGACACGAAUUUUCUUAAAUCAUGGGUGCAUUUGCUUCUUUGUACUUAAUGUAUACUGCUGUACCUGUACCACUUUGAACCCAAGCCCCGGCAACAACAUGGUGGCUUGUGUCAAUUUUCUAAUUGUUUUCACCUAGGAAAUUUGCCAUGUUAAAUUAUUGUUCCUCUACGAUUACCUAUUUUGCUGUUGAUGGAUCUGCUUUUGCCAUGAACUAAGAUUUUGACGUGGGCUUUAUAUA